AUGCAUGGAGCUGCCGUGGGUAGCUUACGGUUAUCAGUUGAUGACAGAAACGUGUUUGAAAUAAGUGGAGAGCAAGGAUCUGACUGGAUACAAGCCCAAGUAUUCGUAAAUGGAUCAAACAGCAAGGUAAUGGCUAUAAAUGAAUCCAUAGGUUAAAGUAAAUCGUGACUUCCAGAUUUCACUGAGAUUGGGUUGUUGUUCGACCAUUAAAGAAAUGAAAACAAACACCAUUUGCAAACACUUCGAACAGAUACACUAUGGUAACUUUAAGUAAAACUCCUGAUUCAAGGCUGUCAAAUACGAAAAUGCGGGAAAAGUCAUGUAUUGAAGAAAAUUGAAUCAGCAACUUUGUUGGCUUAGCCUUUGAAAAGCACCGUGCAAGAACAUUCAGAGAGAAACUGAAGCGUGGUUUGAUAUGGAUUGAUGUGCUACAUAAUUUUACACACCGAAAGAUAUAUUUACUUUGUUUCUAUGGGAGAAACUUUGCGUAACACUUACUUAUCCCGCAUAGAUACUACGGUUCUCUUGUCUAUAGCAAUACAUACGUCAGGACCCGAUCAUUGUCGUUCUAAGAUGCACAAAAUUAUGUUUCAGCUAACUUUUGAAGGGAGGAUGGGCGCUGGAGACCAGGGAGAUCUUUCACUGGACGACGUAUCCGUAACAAGUUUUUGUAAUGGUACGACAUAACGUACUGUUUCUCUGUGUGUUACAAAUACCAAUAUCUUAAGGGACGGUUUAAAUCGUGUUUUAUUUUUUCUGGGGUGGGCAUUUCUUUCCUUCGCUGAUACGUACUGUAAGGCAAGAGAAAAACAAAGAUAAUUUUUUGGUUAGUGUAAAGGUUAUUCAACAAACGGUACAAUCGAAAUUGUCUAUCCAUAAACUUUGUAAACCGGAGUGGAACUACUUGCACAUGGUGUGAAUGAUAUAUUUUCGCUUUCUUCAGAGCCUGUUUUUAAGUUCGGAUAAGUUGGUAAAAUCAAUUUUAAUUCUGCCGUCUGCCGCGUUGCGUUUAUACGCUCUCAUUAAUAUCUCCUCGUUCUUUCAACAGUUUCUUCCUGCUCGAUAAUUCCAAUUCCUCCCAACGGAACUGCAAUAUGCUCCAAUGGAAAUCUAGUGGGAAGUCAUUGUAACGUAACAUGCGUUGCAGGGUACUAUCGAACUGGUUCCUCUACAAGAACAUGCAUGAGGUCUGGAGCCUGGUCUGGCACUCUACCCUCCUGUGUGAGAAGUAAGGUUUUAAUAAUUGAAGAUUAUUUCACCCACUUAAUAUAUCACUUACAAUUUAAUAAAAAAAACGGAUUUUGGACUCAGAAAAAUUAGGGGUGGAUAACGCUAUCCAGUGGCGGUAUCUAGGCCCAGUUGUUCAAAGAGCGAAUAAUACUAUCCAGCAGAUAAAUCGCUAUUCAGCGGAUAAAUCGCUAUCCAGCGGAUAAAUCGCUAUCCAGCGGAUAAGUGUUUACAAAACGUAAUGCGCUAUCUAACGAAUAGAGAUUUUUACAGUAGAUAGCGAUAUCCACCGUUGAAACAACCGGAUUCAUGUGGAUAGAGCAGUAGGUUUUGUUAAAACUUAUCCACUGGAUAGCAAUUUAUCCAUUGGCUAGCGUUAUCUUCCCCUUAAAUAACACGUAUACAUGCCACAAACUGCGUUAAACUUAUUGUAUGUGAAUUUCAAUGUUAAGCUCAUUCUAAGUAACAGAAAUGCAAUCGCAAUUUUUUUGAUGACUCAGACACUGCAAAUGGGAAAAAAAAAACGGAAAAAAUUCUGUCUGUCAGUUUGGUGUUAUUUGCGUUACCUGGAAUGGGUCGAUUGGGUUAAUAUGAAUACCAAUAUGAGUAUAAUAUUUCGCUUCAGUUGAAAUUCGCUUGGUCGGAGGUAGUUCUUUGACGGAAGGAAGGGUAGAAGUUGGAGUGAACGGGAUUUGGGGAACAAUUUGCGAUGAUAAUUGGAGUUUAAACAGCGCAACAGUCAUUUGCAAAAUGCUUGGUCUUUCCAACGCAAGCGCAGCUCCCGGAGACUCCAGCUUCGGCCAAGGGAACGGAAAAAUAUGGUUGGACAAGGUAGAUUGCACCGGAAGUGAGACGUCAAUUAUCGAUUGUAGCCAUUUAGGUCUGGGUGCCUCUAGCCAGUGUAAUCAUCAUGAAGACGCAGGAGUAAUUUGCGGAAAUAUUACUUGUGAGUAUGCUUUAGGGACUAUUCGCAAAAGGAGAGGAUUAAAAUUACAGAUUUAUAUUAAUUAUACUUGCGGACAUUCCGAGCUCAUAGCAGUGGUUGGAUCAUGGCUGUACGCAUUAAUUUAAAAGCAUUUAGUGUUUCGAAUAGGAACAAAUCUAAUGCGACUCUUUUAAGAUAAGCGUCAUAAAAGAAAUUUAACGAAAACCGGAUACCUUUGCAUCAUUCUUCUACCAGUGAUUUACCACAAUGGCAUUAAAGGAAGAGCUAAUUAAAAAAAAUAACAGUGUAAGUACAAACUAUUAUGAAAGUUUUGAUCUGUUAUUAAAGAAAAUCAGAGACGAAAGAGGGACGUUAUUGAGGCUAACAUAGGAAAAAAAAUAAGUGGGAAGAUUGAGGGAUCCAUAAUUUAACCAUGAUUUAUGUCAGCUUUUGAGGUUCGCCUGACGGAAGGCAGCUCACCAAAUGAAGGCCGAGUAGAAAUUUCCGUCAAUGGAGUCUGGGGAACUGUAUGUGACGAUUUCUGGAGCAUUGAAGACGCAUAUGUCGUGUGUCGCAUGCUAGGACUUCCUCAGGCUACUGCAGCUACAAAGGGACAAUCAUUUGGGAAAGGCACAGGUCCAAUAUGGAUGGAUAAUGUUCAAUGCUUUGGAAAUGAGAGCUCAUUGCUGUAUUGUAAAAGGGCAGAUCUGGGAGUGAAAGAUUGUGCACAUCUGGAAGACUCGGGGGUUGUCUGUGGACCGCCAUCAGGUAUCUCUGCUACAUAUAGCACCUCUUUAAUUCCAAAGGCUGUGUACAUGGCAGAAAAUAGGGUAUGGGCCCGUCAAGAAAGGACUAAGCACUUUAAUUUUUUCCAAUGUUAACCCUUAACAUCCCAACAUCGGUAUGCAUCUCCUCUAUACCAUUCUUUAUACAUGUCCUGAGUUGCUUACAAGGAGAAUUGGUUUAACAAUCAAGAGGUUCUUUAGUUGGUGAUUAUUUACUGCAGUCUCGUGACCACCAUUUUUAAUUCAGGGGUGAUAUCGUGAGGAGAAAUUAGAUGCUAGUCACUCUAACGGGGUCAAAAGGUUAGGAGACCUGUAGAUGUAAAGGAACGACAGACCUUUGCGUGUGGAUCAUUUAGUGGCAUUAGUCUACAAAGACUCCCUAGAGAGUAGCGCAGUAAAACUUGUUCAAAUAAUUCUCAAUGAGCUUUGCACAGUUAAUAAAACCUUAAUUUUCUGCCAUUUACCUUCUGUGUAAUGCUCCGUUGCGAAUCGGAGAACAAAAGCCCGUAUAUUCAUUUGCUUUUUGCUGCGUAGCAUGCAAGGGUGAACACUUUUUUCCCUGGUUUCUUCUCUCUCUCUGUCUUUUCCAUUCAUUCUUUCUUUUAAAUAUUUUAUUUUCAGUUAAAACAAAUAAUAUUGCAUUGAACAUGACCGUAAACCAGUCUAAUCCAACGGCACAAGCUAAUGCAGUCUAUGCAGUUGAUGGACUGUUCAACACAUGCGUGGAGUUCAGUCAGGUAAAACCUACAACUCCGUUAGCAUAAGAAAAUUUUGGAAGGUCGCUUCAUGCUAUGGAAACAGGGAUAAGUUAACUUUAACUAUACAUUUCAUUUGGUUCUCAGGCAGUCGACAAUUGGUUCCAAGUGGAUUUAUCCAAAAACUUCUUCAUACAUACUGUGCAUGUCUUCCUUGGCUUAAAGAGUUUUCAAAAAGUUUUUGUGGACAUCGGAAUUGAAAGUAGUAUGAAUCACCCUGUGGAUCAUUCAUGCAAAGAGACCAGUCCUUUACCAAGAAAACAUUUCCGUGUGUUCCGCUGCAUCCCUCCAGCCAAUGGUCGUUUCGUAACAGCAACCAUGAUAACAGAAAACGUCAAGUUUGUGCUAUGCGAAGUUGCAGUUUUUGCAUUUGGUAAGUGUUUUGAAAGUAAAGAACUACAUACCUUGCCUGACAAGUACGCUCUCCACUAAAUAGUCAGCCCUUAGUGUUCGAAAGCAACGACAAAAAUAAUUGUUGUAAAUCUCAUUAAUAUCUCGACAGCGUGCAGCUCGGAAUAGUUCAAAGUAAUCAAGGAAAAUGUUUAGAAGCAUUUUUGAUUGUUAUUAUUUUCAGAAAAUUCUCUGGAGUCCACUGGAAUUUUGAGGGAGGUGUGGUUUAAAGGUAUUAAUUCACAAGAUGAUCCUAUUCUGAAGUACCAUCCAGUUUUCAAGGAAGCUGCUGACACGUUGUCAGUGCUAAAAACUUUUCAUGUUGUUACCAACUUUUCUACCACAUAUGGGCAGCGGUUGUCUACAUUUAUUCAGGUAUAGUAUACUUGUAUAAAUCCUUCGAAAGUACCUCUAUCUGCGCCCAAAAGCAAUAUCAUAUUAACGCAUAUGACGUUUACUUUAUUAUCAGCCUAAAGACUCAGUCGCUUGAGUUGGGUGCAUGGCAUUCAUUUCAUUUCUGACAUGAGCCUGUAUUUUAUUUUGUUGCUUUUUUUUGCCGGUCUUUUUUUUCGCCGGCAAAAGUCUCUUUUUUCGCCCAGUUGGCUGUGAGGAGAUCUCUUCCGCGUUUCUACUGAAACAUUAAAACUUCGCUUUCACCAAAGCACGAGCAAUAUCCGCGGUUCCAUAUACUCUCUAUAAUUUCAUAUUCUAGCCAGAAGCGAGUGGGUGGUACACUUUUUACAUAACAUGUGAAGAUGAAUGCGAACUGUGGCUCACAAAAACAGAUGAACCAACCCUGCGAGAUGAGCAUGAUGGAGACAAUUAUGGGGAACUUCUUUUAAAGUUAACAACAAGAACAGGAAAUCUGAUAUGGGAUGGGUAAGAGGAAAGGUUGCCGUAUCAUUCAUACUCGUAACCGAAGGGUCCACUCGUUCAACUGAGUCUUGUAGAAACUAAAUGCCUAUAUUACAUGGAAUUUCUCUUCUAGCUGGCCUCAAUACAUGACGAGAACUUUGUAUCAUUAUAUAUUUUUCUUUGUGCAAACAAUUUUCUAGUUCAACAUUCCAUAUGUCUUCCUUUUCUUUUUUCUAAUCAAUCGAAUUUUAUCAGUUUUCUUGAGUCAUUUCUCGAUGGCCAUUGCCAGUAAUGACGACAAACAUUUCAGAAUUUAUGAAGUAUAUUUUGAUACUUAUUCUAGGACUUCAAAGCAAAAAUCAAAUCAGAUUUACCUCAGUUGCAGCAUGUUUUAUCUCCUGGAGGGUUUCUCAAAAGAGUCGUACAGACGAGGACAUCUUUCCGUGGGUUGGAGUCUUCACAAUAACACAAGCCUUUUUGAAAGGCCUCUUAUUGGAAACCGCACGACAUGGAUCCUGCCAGGUUGUUUAAAAUUCCCUCUAAUUAAAACAUAAGGUACACAGUGGUGCCUACUUGAAUCUAUAAUCAGCCAGAAUUGGGGAAACGCAGGUAGUGAUAUUACGCCCCUCUCCCUCCGAAAAAGAACAAAUCCAGGUUUAAAUAAAAAAUUAUGGAGUGUAGCAGAAAAAUUUGAUUUAAUACAUCGUGUUUAUACCUACCCAAGAACGUUGUAUUACUUUUUCUAUUAUUAAGAGUCGAUUAAUUGUUGCUCUCGACACUUUCGCAGCUAUAUUGCCAAUUACUCAUUAGUAAAUGGGAUCGAAUAUUGACGCUUCACCAUCUGUGACUCGUUGUUUGCUUUUGUUAAUGUGUUUUGGCGUGCUUUUACGAAUGUUACUACGGCAUCAACAUUAUAGGACGGCAAUCUAGCAAAUCAUGGCAUCCUUCAAAAUGUAGCACAACGGUUACUGAUUAUGAUUUGUUAUCUCGUUAUCCUAUCAUUUCUUUUCUUUAUGUUAAAGGUAAAAGAGAGUUAAUGUUUAGAGUCAAACAGAACAUUAAAGACAUCACAAUGACUUUUGGAUCGACUUUACAGAUAUCAGGUUGGUAAAUCAGUUAACUUGCAGUGUGUUCUGAGCCUAUUACUAGGGCCAUAUCAUCAGUAAUCAAUUAUUAACUUCGUUUUAUUGAGUGAGCUGCUAACACAGGUGGCUUGUUUUCACUAACGUUUUCUCAAUUGUUAUUGUUUCUUUAUCAAAGCAUUCUACAGACUUUGCUGUCUUGGUAUAUGGUGUCCAAAUAGUACAAUAACACUAGGAAUUAACGUAUUUGGACAGAAUCACACUGUGGACAACUCGCUAACGAUGACAUGUGAGGAAAAACACACCGACUUCGAUGUAAUUGCUUCAGUACAACCUGGCCGAUAUGGGGCGAAGGUAAGCUUCACAAAGCUUUAUUAAAUUUUCUCCCAUCUAUACUAACCAAUACUAACCAAUACUAACAAAUAAUAGCCAAUGCUAAAUACUGACCAAUAUUGACCAAUACGAACCAAUACGUUAUUAAGAUUAAUCUCUGACUAAACAAAUAUAUUCCACGCGGCCGUGCGUCUGUGCAGUUGUAGAAGACAGAUGACGUCAAAAUGUGGUAAGAACUAAAACUUGGCACACGAGGCGCACUUAAAGGUGUCACUGAUGUUCUUACCCUAAUUUGAAGUCUUUUGUGGUCUACGCGGCAAUAACAUAUAACAAAGAAGCAAACAAUUUUUAAUGGUGUCGUCAUCUCUGCGUCUCUCCUCCAAUAAUCCACAAGUAAGAACUAUAAGGCGUGCUUAAUUUAGCUUCUUAAAUUAAUUUCUGCAUUUUCGCAAGGUCCAUUACUCUUUCAUAAAUGAAUCGCCUGUCAGAAGACGCCACUUGGGAUACAUAAUUGUUAACGGUAAGGACAAAAUAAUUAUCCUAGCACAGUAAUGAUGGAUAAAAUAUCGAAGAUCAACACAAUACUCAAGGAAACUGAACAAUCGCUAACCAAGUAAAGGACAACUUCUACUUAGUUUACAUAGCCUCCGUAUCAUUACAAUAACAAAAGUGUUUCAGACUUACAACACUCAAACAUUUAUCUUAUCAUGAACUCGUUCCUUGAAUUUCUCCAAUAUGAAAUUUCUUUAUUAAGUAAUUAACCAUUCACCUUUUAAUUAUAGGAAUGGAUUAGAAAAUUCAGUUUUCUCGCUCGAUUUUUUUCAGAAUCUGUUAUUGAGGAGUGCACUUUCGAUAGUCCAUUAGGACUCUGCCCGAACUGGAAAAAUGGCGAUGGAAAAACUGGUGAGAAGUGGAGGUUUUCAAGCCAAACAAACAGAACCGGUGAAAGAGGUAUAAAUUUCAUAUUUGUAGUUUACACCGUUGAAAUGGUCAAUGCUUUAAAUCUUGAGACAUUAGAAGUCUACUGUGUCUCAGUGUCAAUUUUUUUUUUGGUCUCGACGAUUAAACUUGCUUAUAGUCGUUAAAAUGAAAAGAUAAUUACAUGAUGCUUCAGGCCGGAAACAAUCUGCAUCCCAAUUGGAACACAUGAUGCAAGGCCGAGCUAAAAUUUAAAAAGAUGUGACGACUCAUAGUACUCCGCAAAGUUUUAUAACCCUUUGAAUAGGUCAGAAAGUUCAUCCAAAUAGUUAAUAUUUAUGUACUUUCUCGUCCAAAAAGGAUUAAAGAAAUGACUAAUAACUAAAAAUCUCUUGACUUGUUUUCUAUCAUAGACGCACUAGUUUCCCUUUUGAUAACAUUACCAAAACACUCCGAAGCGUCUUAAAUUCAUAUUACCCGACUUUGUAAUCAUUUUUUCGCACCAUUCAAACUACACCUUCUACCGAAUUAAAUGAAUAGCGUUUUUUUUGUCAACCCUGUUCCAGUUAAUUUUUUCUUUCAGGUAACUUCGCGUAUACCGGUGGCACUCAUAACUACGUCAUACUAGAAACACCCCCGAUUUCGGCUGGAGAGUCUGUCCCCUUAUGUUUGACAUUUAGCUUCUUGAUGCAGAGUAAAUCUGCUUCAAAUUUCAACGUGAAUUUAAAGUCGGUUCACGACGAAAGCGAAGUGCUUCUGUACAGUCUCGUUGGGUAUCAUGGGAACCAAUGGUCAAGAGGUCAAGUGCCUUGGAAGGAAAGACAGACUUCCAAGGUAACAAAAUGAUAAUCUGGAAGCUUUUUAUAAAGAAUUGUUGAGAACAAUGAUGAAGUAACCAUAUAUUUCAUAACGUCCUUUAGCUGAUCUUCAGAGGCUUCUCUAACGGUGUUGAAGAAAUUGCUAUCGCCAUCGGCAAAAUUAAAAUAUCGACCAAUGACUGUGAGGUAUACCCAGUCUUCUCUUCUCCAGGUGAGAAAAACAAAAGCAUGCGGUAUAACUCAGACAAAAGUAAUAGAAACAAGAAUAUUAUGCUAUUUAUGGACAAUGUACCAAAUGAGAACAUCACACCUCUUGGGCAACCUUUCCGCUAGCUCUUGCAGCAAUACACAUUUUUAUGUAAGUGAAAGCACCAUCCCAGGUGGCAAGCCAAGAAGUAAUUUGUAACUAAACGUCAGAUGUUCAGUAAAAUUGAGCGUCGGUCGAUGAAAAAUUACGUCGGGAAAAGUUAUAUGAGACUUGUAUAUAUCAGCAGGUAAACUUCAACGUUAAACCAUUUAAAGUCGUUGAAACAAAAUUGCAUCACGAGAAACAUAAAAACCAUCGUGAUGUUAAUGGUUGCUUUCAAAUUUUUUGAAGUGGCAGUGUCACAAAUACAGACGGAAGAAUUUUUUUUUAACGAUUUAGGCUUCAGUUGUAACAGCGACGAAUUUGAAUGCGAUAAUGGACAGUGUGUUGCAUCAUCUCUACGAUGUGAUGGAGACUUGGCGUGCACCGACAACUCAGAUGAACGAGAUUGUGCGUGCCUUUCCAGCGAACUCAAGUGUGGCAACGGCAAUUGUGUUCGUGUUAACAACUUAUGUGACGGGGUUCAACAUUGCCCUGACGGUUCCGACGAGGCAAACUGCGGUAGGGAACAUCAAAUUUAUGUAAUGAACAGCAAAGGGAGCAGGAAAGAAAGACAACCUCUUCCUCUUUAUCCUCAAAUAGUCUUAGUUUUCUUUUUGAAAAUGGUAUGUCAUUGCUCGUGUUUAUUGCAAAUUGUUUCAUUGCACUUCGUGAUUUAAAAACUUAACAAUUCUUAUUGGUUUAGAGAAGAGGAUGAUCAACCCCUAGGCCCAAGGAUUUCGAUGGUGGUGCAUGUAACAAACAUCCUGUAUACUGUAAUGAAGAAAGUGUCAUGUGUCGUGUGUAUAAAUAUAGUACUUUGAAUAUCAAAGGUGGUAAAUUUUGAGCUCGUUCAUCAAACAAAAGAAGGAGUAUUUUAUUUUGUUACGAGUUCAGUUAGUCACGAGCGUAAGAUAAAUCAAAAUACAAAGGUUCAAGUCAGGGUUGAGGACUCAUUUUUUCUGUCAGUGUUCCACCACGCGAUAUAACGAUUGACAGCGUUUUCGUUUGAUUUUCAAGUUCGAGACUCUCUAUUAAACAGGUUAUCUUACGAGGAACUUACAAUUAUAAUAAUAAAUUAUUCCAGAGAAGACAUGUCCUGAGUUUCAGUGUGUUGCUGGAAACUGCAUCCCAUGGUACGCCACUUGUAAAACGGAUGACAACUCGUGCGCCGACAACUCGCAUCUUUCUGCAGUGUGUGGUAAGCAUAGCGUCUUUCUUAUUUUGCUUUUUAUGACGGUUAAGCUGAAUUGUAUAUAUAUAUAUAUAUAUAUAUGCAUAUUUUGAUUGCUAUUAUCGACUGGAGGACAGACGCGUCGAUGACUUCACCAUUAACAACAUUCUGCCCUUUCAUCCUAUAAAACAAAUGGGUUUCAUGUCUUCGUGUGUCUGUCCGUGUCACACACUCGGCUGUGUACCACGUUUUUUUUCUUAUCACAAUUUGACGCCAUCUGCGAGCUAAUCUAUUCUGAACCACGGCAACCUGUAACAUACAUUUUAAUCUUUUACAACUAUUCUAAAGAAUUGCAAUCCAUGGUCUUCGUCUCAGAAAAAUAGUAAGACCCACUGGAAAUAAAUAAUCUCAUUGUCAUUAAAGUUCAAACAAAGUACCUAUGCCCCUUAUGUUACAGGCUCAUCUAGCUGUCCCUUGAACAACCUAAAUUGCGUGGUACAUGAAGGAAAAACAAAGCGGCAGUGUUCUUCAUUUAGAGGUAUUAUAUGUACUUGUUUAUCUCAGCAAAAAACUUGUUUUUCUUGGCGAGAUUAGAAAUAAUCCUCUCUUCCUUGAAACCAACGAGUUAAAUCGGCUGACCAGACCGCCUUCAAUCACACCUCCCGCGUGAGGCUCUCUUCGCUAAAACUGGGGAGUGAAGUCUAUCUUGGUUUUACAGAAAUCUCAAAAAAAAAAAGGAAACAUUAGCCUCAUCGCACGAAGAUGCCAAAAAUACUUAGUUCUGGGCUACUUUUUUGUGUCAGUGAACAAAAUUUCAAAGAAAGGAGGAUUAAAAAAUAGUCUUAUUAAAUAAAAUUUGUUUUCAGGCUACUGUGGCUUUGAAAAUGGUUUAUGUGGGUUAUCUAGUGAUAUCAGCAUGGAGUUCCAGUGGAGUUAUGGCUCAGGAAAAACCCCAUCACUCAACACUGGUCCCAGUAGUGAUCACACCACAUUCUCAAAAAAAGGUAAACUAUCUAUUAGAGGACGUUACAUAAAAUUGAUGCAAACUUUUAUUUUAUUUCUCUUCAUUUCAAGUAGCCAGUUAUUCCCUGCCUGCCUAUCUUAGUAGGUUGAGGUUCCCCUUGAAGGGGGAUAUGACCCGUUUUAACAUCUAGUUCAACACUUUAGAAAAAAAAUGCCUGUUGUGACAUAUAGUAUACGAAACACAUUAUAAAACAUCUCCAAAAAUACAAAAUAUUGACUUUCAGAAGAGGUCAGAAGUCAGUUUCUUGUGACGUUCGCCUUUAAUACUAUAGACUUCAUCUUUUGCGAUAGAAAGCAUUGUCAACUUAAGCGAGUUGUCAUAAAGUUGUGAAAAUUAGAGUUGGCGGGUAGAAAAGGUUCCAUUGUAUUUCAAACCGAAUACUCCAUUAACCAGCUUUUUUUGCAACUAGGAAACAGCAAAAAAGUAUAAUUUCGUUAGGGAUUUCACUAGGGUUUCAUUAGGGAUCCGUCGGUAUCAUAGAUUCCUUCCCUGGGCCCAAGUCUACAAACCCUAUUUGCCCUGUUCCUGCUACUUUAACAACUGAUCUUGUUUUAUUGUGUAAAUCACGUUAGUUUCCUUUAUUACCUAGUAUUUUUGUGCGAAAUUUUAGCAUUUCUUUAGCAUUGAUUAUCUAUAAUAGAAAAUAAUUUUACCUUCAACUUGCGUUAGUCUCAAGUUUUUGAACUGACACCAGUGUCGAUGUCUUGUAAUGGAGUAUCUAGUUACGGGAAGUAAACAAUCUGAUAAAAGGCAGAGUAUAGAAAAUCUAGAGUAGAAUCUUGGAGACGAAUCAGUCACUCUGUAACUUGAAGAAUGGAAUCACCCGGACUUAAAAACUGACACUUGAAUGCUACAAAAUAACGAGUUAUCCUCCUUUUGCAUGGUUGUAUCCUCGUCGGAUGCCAUAUCAAACACAGUCCAACAAUUUUGCAAUAUUUCAGGUAUAUACAUUUUUAUUGAGGCUUCACAGCGGUCCUCGGGGGACCGAGCUCGACUCAUCAGCGACUGGUUGAUACCAAAAGAGCCUGCAUGUUUGCAGUUCUGGUAUCACAUGCACGGAAGACACAUUGGAGCCUUAAACAUCCUCCUUAAGACAAAGCGCUCGGAGAUAACAGUUUGGCAGCAGGGGUCGAGGGAUCAUGGAGAUAGAUGGAUCUUUGCACAGACUACUAUUCAGAAUGACAGUCCAUACAAGGUAUAGGUAUUGGAAAUGAGGUGGUGCGUGACUCGGCAAUCCUCAUGCAUAGUAAUGAUUAAUUAAGGAAGUUAGGGCAAAUGACGAAGAGAUUAACUAUGUUAGACGUAUCAGAUUUUGGGCGUUAACGGCAAGUGUACAGAUCAGAGAGAUGCGGAAGCUUAAUGAUUAGUACACUGGACUCAGUUUCUAGUGUUCUGGGUUCAAUACCUGUCCGGGUCAAAGUGUUUUGUUCUUUGUUAGUCGUAAAACGGCAAAAAAAAAACCGUUAGUCAUUAAAAAAGUUAAACUUACGAAUCCUCUUCGAGUCACAAAAGAAGGAAGUCAACCGGUUUGCAGUAAAAUGGCCAAAAUUUUAACCGUUAGCCGUAAAAGCCAUCACCUCAUUGAGACCCUCAUUCGUUUUCACUUUCUUCUUAAUGUUCCGCAGACCAUCUUUUUUAUCCAAGUUAGAGAAGAAAUAAAUUGAAACUUCCAUGCCCGAAACUCUACUAUAGUUUGAAUUUUGUCGAGAGCACCAAUUCAACUGUAAAAUUCACUCACUUUUUGUACGACUGUUUUUGGACAGUUCGUGAUCGAGGCCCAAGUUGGUAAUGGCCUUGAGGGGGACAUUGCAUUGGACGAUCUAAGUGUAAUAGACGGCUCUUGCACUCAUAUAUCAAACCAAGGUAAGAUGAACAAGUAAUUUAUUCUGUACUGGUUUCCAUUUUCGUGAUUGUAAGCUAACUAAAGACUGUAUGGUGUGUUCACUGUAAAAAUUACCUUUGAAAAGAAACGAAAAUUUAUCAACUCAACGACUGAUAACCGUACUGGAAACUCUCCAGAAAAGAGUCCAAUUCUGUUUCUUGCUUCUUUCCCAGUGAGUCCUGAUUGUGAUUUUAGUGAAGAUAUGUGUGGCUGGACUGGAGAUCCCGACUGGAAGAUUCACGGUGCAGGUUAGUCGUGGAUCCUUAACAUAAACUCACUCGCUGUCCACAGAUCUGACAAAAUCAUAACAAGUUACAGCAUAAAGUUAACAGAACAUUAAGAACAUUUUCAGCAGGGCUUUCUCUUUCCAUAAGCGGUUGGCGAUGGUGCAAUAGACAGCUAAGCCCAGAAAUGAGGCUGUGAGGCUCCUUUCCCUAAGGAGGGUCUGAAGGCAUGCUACCCAAGGAAAAAUUGAAAUCUUGAAGCUCGCAAACGUAAAUUCUGGAAUUCUAGAAUUAAAUAGAGGGCUGUUCAAUUUUUAUUCACACCUCUGUGAUUUUACAGUCAUUCCUGACCAGCCAGAAAGCUACGUUUAUGAAUAUACGCAGGAAAUACAAAAAUCAGUGGCUUGCGGGGAGGCUGUCGUUUCAAGACCCCCUUACUGGCUCUAACUCACUUGUGUGAAAGCACAUGUAGAAAAGUAGACUCAAACAGGAGAGCCUGCUCGCCGGCUAAACAGACAGCGAUAAGAGAGGCGGUGGCAGACCACCGAUAACCCGUUUUUUUGAAACUUGUUAUUCUCACCCUCAUUUUUGAUAUCUUCUGUUAACUGCAUCUUCUUCCUUUGCUUUGUACUUUACAGAGAAAUACUUGUUUCUUCAGAGUAGCAAAGAGUUAUACAGAAAGCUGAUGAGUCCAUUCAUUGAUUCUAUUCAAGUCAGAUGCAUUCGAUUCUGGUUUAAAAGUGAAGGAGAAUACUUCAGGAGAUCCUUAAAGCUGCUGGUAAACAAUUCUGAUUCAAAUUCUUCGUCAACGCUUUGGUCUGUCGACGAAGAAACUCCAACUUGGACGUUUAUUCAACUUCCGUUACAAAGAGCCGGUAGUAAAUUCCAGGUAACGAACAGAGGUCAAUCCUAGUUAUUACGAUCAAGAUAUUGAGCUAAAUCUAACAAUAUUUUAACUUUGCCUCUCAGCAUUAUUGAGGUCUGCAUUAAUUUGAGACGAAGAAUUUAAGCAAUAAACAUUUAAUUUCCCUGCGAUGCACCUUAAUUUUUGAAGACCAGCCGCUUCUCAAUGCCCAACUCUCUGCAUCAGACAUCAUAUACCAAAUUACUCGCGGAGAACUAUACUUCUCUUGCUUGAAGUAAUAUACAGUGUUAACUCAAUAGAAGCCUUCCUCGCCGUUAUCUAAAUUUAGAUGAAAUACCUUCCUUCUAUUUUUGUCUUAUUUGAGGUCGUUUUUCUGGGGUCAAAACAGCAAAAUCAGGCGACUAUAAAGAUCGAUGACAUCUCGUUUUCUAACGAGAUUUGUAAUGAGACUGCACGUAAGUAACCACAAUGAACUAAACACGCAAAAAAAAAAUUGUAUCACAUUACAGUCAAAGUCAAACCAAAAUAAUUAAUUGCUAGGCCACUAUUUCUGAGAAGUUAGGAUGCUCUCUCUUUUUCUGCAUACAUAAUUACUGAAGUUGAAAAUGAAGAUCGAGAUCAUGUGCAAGGACAGUUUGUUAACUUUGUUGGAAAAAAAGAUAAUUUAUUCUCCUCGAGGCUUGCUGUAAUUUCGUUGUAUUCGAUAUUUCCGUUGUUUGGCGAUUUGGGUUUUCUCUAGGUAAUUGAUGAUCAAAACUUCAAGAAUGAUUAUAUACUUAACUCCAUUCAUAUGUUCUCGGUUAAAAUUUUAUUUACUAGCUAUCAUAGGAAAUUAUGAUAGCGAACCUCAACUCUCGCUUUUUUUUUUUGCCUUUACAGCUUCUGUUAAAUGUUCUAAUUAUUUAACCCUCAACACUGCCGAUAGACUGGUGAACUACUCGGCAACAGCGGACAAAUGUGAUGAUACUCUAGACUUCAACCGCUGGUACAGAAUUACUGGCGCAGCAGGAACUCAGCUCCCCGAGAAGCAGGUUCCUUUUCGACGUUGUGGAGCCAGAUAUCCUGGAUGGAUGGAAGGAGUUCACCCAACCGUUGAAGACGGCGUGGUAUCACGAAAUGUCUGUUUUGUCCUGGGUAGUACAAAGUGUCGAUGGCGGCUAAAAAUAAAAGUAAAAAACUGUGGCGAGUUUUUCGUUUACAAACUGGCUGCUCCUGUGUAUUGUGAUCAACGAUAUUGUGGAUAUGAUGGAAAAGGUUUCCGUUAUAUACAUCUUUUCUGGGUUUCAUUCUUUUUAAUGUCAUUUUCGUUGUUUUUUUUGUUAUCAAGUUAUAAGCAAAUAAGAGUUUACGAAGUGUUUUGGUUUUUGUCCAAGGAGGAAAAGAGCAUCACCAACACGAUGAAUGGUGGAGCUGGAAAAAUGAAAUGCUGCAUUCCACUUGGGACCUCUUUACUGCUGAUAAGAUGAAACGCCUUGACGACGAUUUCAACCACAAUAGGAACAAUUCAGCCAAGAAAGCGAUAGGUUAGGGAAUUGGAAAGACCACAAAGUACUAUAGAAAAGAAAAGAAAUGCAACCAAUCGCCUAUAUGACGGCAAAAAUCAUAGACUAAAAACGUUAGUUCUGACGGAUCUCAGGGAAAUUGUUUAUAAUUUCAAAAGACCUGUUCUCUCGAUUAGAGGUAGUUUUUUUCAAAGUAUAAUACUUUUGGAAACAUCUAAUCGAGCUGCAACUACUUACCUGCAACAAACUAGUCGAUCAUGUCAAACUUUUUCGUACUUGUCUUUGUUAUUUCAGCCGUCUUUUACACGACUUCGAAUGUUCAAGUUGGUGUAUAAAUCAUAGAGUUCAGAUUUUUCGGACAUAUUUUACCUUCAUUCAUCGGUAUAAAAUGAGUCACGUGAAUGUACUGAAGCAAGUAAAUACUUCUUCUCUUUAAAGAAAAACAAGAAAGCAUCGUCAUCAGCUUGCGAGUUGGAGACGAGAGUCACAUAGAUAUUAAGAACGACACACCCUUGACUGCGAUGACAUUAUGCUUAUGGUUAGCUACCAAGUCCAGUCUGCAGUUAGAAUAUCGUGUUACCUCAGAUGAUGAGAAGGUUUUUGGAUUAAGUUUGACGAGCAAGAAUACCUUGGAGAUUACGUUUAUGAAAAACACCACAAUGUAAGCAAAAUGAAAUUUCAAUUAGUAUUUGAAAAAUCUAGAGGGGGGAGGGGGGGUGGGAGGGGUACUUCCUAGUAAUUGUAUAAAGGAAAUGUGCUGCUGGGAUGGAUGGGGUGGUACUAUUUGAUUGGUUAUAAUUGGGUUGCAUUUUCUAUAUAGAGUAACGUGUUUUACAUUCCAUUUAAAAAAUGUGUCAGUUGAUAAAAGGAUGACCUACUUAAAGGUUUCUACGCUGAUUUUGAUAACGUACACUGGCCACCGUCAAGAAUUUCAACCAAAGCUGACGUUUCGAGCGUGGGCCCUUCGUCAGAGGGAAAGAUAGAUGCUUAAUAGAGUUGCCAGCAAGGAAAUGAAACUUGCCCUAGAUUGACUAAGAUAGGAUUUAUAAGUGGCCUCAGAAUAGACUUUAAUAGGGUAGGGCUUCUACGAGGCCAGCGGCACAAGCCCAGCAAAUAGUGACCCGAGUAUCCCCUCCCUCCCUCCUACGAUAAUUCUGUCUUUGUCAUAAUACCUUACCGUGACUACCAAUGUCAAAGGAUAAUCCUGAAUGCAAAACAAUGAAAAGAAUAAUUUACUUUGGUAACAUUAACUUUCAUUAAAUGCAAUUCAAUAUUUGAUUGUCAGCAAAAUCUAUCCAAUUCCUACGGAGCAAAGUUUUUCUGCACAGGCGAUUUGUGAUCUGAUACAAGUAUUUCCUCGAUAUUUUUCCUAUAAAUAUGUGAUUCGCUAUUCUUAUCAUAUCUCAUUCAUGCACGAUAUCUAAGAAUUAAAACUUUUUCUUCCCAUGACAGAGGAAGUAAUUUGCCAGUUAAUUAUGGUCAGUGGUACCACUUGUGCGUCACGUGGACAUUAAGUUUACGGCAAUGGCAUGUAUACAAGGAUGGAAAAGCAGCAGGAGUUACGAUAAAAGCUGAACCUGUUACAACUAUGAGAGCAAUACCGGGUGAUUGGGAAAUGAUACGCUAAGAUAUUUAUGUAGAAAGUAUAUCUUUUGCACUUCAAAUGCAUAUUUCUUUGUUUAAUUAUAAUAACAUGGACGAAUUCUUACGACUACAAAUGAACGCAAGUAUUUCGUUAGCACUCAGCCCAAAUUCUGUCGAGGCAAGUCAAAAAGUUUUUUUCAGUUGAAUCUAUUCUCAAGGGUGUUGAAUCAAUCCGUGUCUUGUUUUAAUGAUUUUUAAAUGGAUCUGAUUAAAUGUGAGAUUCGUUCACAAUUAUUGGCAACAGCAAGAAAGAGGCUUAUGAAAUCAAUGAAAUUAAAUUGAAAUUAUUAAGACAUUAAAAAUCAAAUCAAGUUCAAAUUUGAUUCCCUUUUAAUUACUGAAAGUUUCGUUUUUGACAGGCUCUGGAAGAAUCUCAAUCAGCUUGAUGGAAACAAGUCACAACCCUGAAAUAUUUGCCAAGAUUAGCAACUUCAAUAUUUGGAGUUAUUCUAUGACGAAAGAUGAAAUAAUUCAUAUGUCAUAUGGGUGUAGUAAAGACGAGGGCGAUAUUUUAUCUUGGGUGGCUGUAAGAAAGAAGAUGAAGGAAAAAUUUCAGGAGGAGAAGUCCUCCAUAUGCAAUGAACAUAACGGUGAGUUAGGAUCUAACUUUCAGUUCGGGGUACACUUAACUGUAUGUCGCACAAAAUAAGUAUACAUAUACUAUUAAUUGCGAUCCGUUUAAUAUAAACCAGAAAAAAUGUAUCCCAGCUUCCAAUGGUAGCUUCCUAGCUUCUAAUAGUAAUAUAAUUGAUUUGAGUUACUUUUUCUCAAUAACAGAGUAUCGAAUUGUCAAAAAUGAAGGAAAAUUGUUAUUUGAGUUCCUGAAUGCAGAUCAAUACAAGCUACUAUACACUUGUACAGUCGUCAUUUUUGUGUAUUUUCUUCUAUAUUUUUUAUACAUCAUGAAAUAUAUUAUUUUAAUCAUACAAUAGCGUAUGAAGGUAUGUUAAGCCUGUAUAGAUCAGAACACUACAAAAGUUUAAAAUUACUCUAAACAUGAAGUUUCGAACUGGGGUUUAUAUGCCGCUAUAUGAAAGUGUAACGACUAUCAAUUCAUAUUUCAUUGGUUUUAAAGGACCAACCCUUGUUAUGAGAGGCAAUCCUGUCGUCACUGGCGAGAAGACUGCAACAUUUGUAAGUCCAUGGCUGCCCAAGUCUGAAAAAGCGUUCGGCAAAUGUUUGAGAUUUAAGUACAAAAUGGUAGGUCGUGGGGUGAAGUCGCUUAAGAUUUAUCAAGAGACGCAAUAUGGAUUUGAAAGGCAGCCAAUCUGGGACGACGGCAAAGGAGCUAGAUUUUCAAGCAGCCUUUGGCAUUACGGGCAAACAUCAAUUAGUACAACUUCCAUUUUUCGGGUGAGCAUAACAUUUUGAACUAAUUAUGAACAGUAAAGAAGUAAAACAAACUGUUGUGACAUAGGUGUUGCAUACAAAGCUGCAUAUAGUUUUUAAAGGGUAUGUUGAAAUAAGAACGAAAAAUAUUCAAUUUUUUUUUCUGCAACCUUUCUUAGUAUUAGGUCACUUCCGGCUCGCAAUUUAGUUCCUUUAAGAGAUCCUUUAAUUUCGUUUCUACAGAGAACUUUAAAACUACGUUGAUUCUAAAUGAAAACCAAUUUUUUCACCUCAAUUUCUACUCUUCGUGGUGUAGUUUUUUCACUCAGUUUACCUUUCAUUUCGGACUAAUAUCGCUUUUAACGAGCUUUUUAAGAGGAAAGCAAUUCUCAUAUGAAAGCAACUUUUCUGCCCAGUUGUUACCUAUUACAUGUGUAGACCUAUUGGCCGCCUUUUUACUACUGGAACCUACCAGCUCGACCAAAAUUAUCCGAAACUUAAUUAAUAAUUUCUUCAAUUACUUAAGGUUCUUCAUUUGAACUGGCAAUUUUAAUCGUCACUACACCUCUACACUGAUGGCUAGAGCCUGCGAAUCGAAUGAUAACAAAACGAAAGGUUUUUUUUUUUUUUCCUGUCGUGUACUUACAGUUGAGUAUUGUCGGCGAGCUGGAUGGAAAGCCAGGUUACCUUGCCUUUGGAGGUAUUGUGAUGUCACAUGAGACGUACUGCUCGCCUCAACCGUCAACAGCUCAGAAAGGUAUAAGAUUGACCAUUAAUUAAGAAUAAGAAUCAAAAGGGAACCACGAAAUUUCUCUUUGAAAGGUUCCAUCGACUGGCGCCACUUUCCUUUUUCUCUAUACUGCCAGAAAAAAUGCAAUCCACGAGGGAGGAAACCUCUGACUAAAAUGUCGUUCAGUGAACCUUAUCAUUAACCAGAACAUUGAUGAAUACCAACUUACUUUAAAGGGUUUAUGCUGCUAAAGAAAGGGUUACUUCCAGAGGGAAAAAACGCGUCCUGAAAUAGCACAACUGGUUUAAUUAUUCUUAAUUACUGUAGCAGAUAAUUUAAAAGACGAAACCCAUUGAGCUUUGCCAAGAGUUUAUAUUCUCUUGGCUUUGCAUACCAACAUUAUUUUUACCUUUAUUAUAAUUACUAUUUUCAUCAUCAUCAUCAUCAUUACUAUCAAUAGUAUAAGUAUUAUUAUGAUUACUAUCACAAUCAAUAUCAGUGUCACUAUCAUUGUAUUGCCUUAAGCUUGCAGACAAACUCUAGCAAAAAGCUUCGGAUUUAUUGUGUCACCGCUAUAUCCCGGAUAUUACCCAAACAACGUGACAUGCAGUUGGCACGUGACCACUGAGGAGAAUCGCACCAUACGUCUCCAUUUUCAGUCAUUCGCGAUUGAGCCUCACCCCACGUGUGCUAAUGACUACGUAGAAGUUCGCGACGGUGGAAAUGACUGGUCACGAACUAUAGGGAAAUACUGUGGCCAUACAUACCCACAAGUGAUAGAAUCAUCUUCGAACACUUUAACAAUAAUAUUCAGGGCAAAUGAAGCCGGCAUAAAUACAGGAUUCAAAGCGAACUACACUACUAAACCAGGUAAGACUUGCAGUGUAGUUCUUAGCAUACUUUUAGUUUUAUCUCUUUCAGCCGCAAAGUAUUUUCUCAGCUUGAAAAAUACAUGCUCAAGUUUACUGAAACUUCCUUUCAUUAGAUUUUAAAGUGUAACUUUAUCUUUUGGAAAUUGUCCGAAAAUAUUCUUAAAACUUGACUCUGAAUGUAGCCAUUUGAAAUUAAACAAUUCACUUGGCAGUGCAAGCUCAAAGUUUACAAAUACUUGCUGCUCUGGUUGUAGCAAAAAAUCCUUUGUUGAUUCGAUCUACCUUUUCAUUUAGUUUUCAAUUGUAAAAACAAGAUAAUUUGGUUUUAUCAUAUGAGUUGAUAAUGUAAAUUGGCCACCGUAAAGGGUUUCAAAUCUAACAUUUCGAGCGUCAGCCCUUCGCUCUUGUGUAUAGGCUAGGUUACUCUAUGGAAUUUUAACCCUUCUACUCUUAAGAUCUUUUUAGUAAUUAUUCUUACUGUCUGCUAUACAGUUCUCAUGAUGUAACUUUGGAGAAUUUGGUAUUUGAUCAACUGAAAAUCCCCUUAUUUAAAGGGUUAUGCUGCUAAAGAAAGGGUUACUUCCAGAGGGAAAAAAACGCUUCCUGAAAUAGCACAACUGGUUUAAUUAUUCUUAAUUACUUUAGCAGAUAGUUUAAAAGACGUAACCCAUUGAGCUUUGCCAAGAGUUUAUAUUCUCUUGGCUUUGCUACAAUUUGUAGGAUUUUCUACAUUCUCGUCACUUGUAUGAUUGGUAUUGUAAUGAUGUUGUAAAGAGGAAUUUUUGGGGCGGUUACUCAUGCGAGUUAAAGGACCAAUAUCGUAAAUUCGUCUUCACUCUCUUAUGUCUGAUAUAAAGGAUACAGUCGAACUUAUAUCAAGCGGCACCAUAUUAAGUGGUCACCCUUUAUGAAGCAGUCGGUUUUCAAGGUCACAAAUCUGUUUCCCCUAAAUCCCCGUAAUUUUCACCUCUAUUUAGCGGUCGCCACGUGCACUAUAAAACGGUCGUGGUCAGCUUUGAGAGUCUCAACGGCCUGUUCAAGGUUGGAUUGUCUUCCGCCUGUAAUAAACGAUCACUUAAUGCGGAACUUCUCAACUGAAACUAAGAAUAAUCUUUUAAGCAAACUUUUAUUCAUAUUUUUCUUCCGAAAUCAAUGUAAGAAGUGUUUUUGAAAAUUAAGUGGUCAACUAUGGCAUAAAGUUAGAACCGUUUUUUAUAUUACCUCUAUUCUGUGGAACCUUUAUUAAGCGUUCGACAAAUAUUAUUUGUUCACAUCGCCAUUCCCCGUGGGUGACCGAUUAAUACAGGUUUGACUGUCUCUGGUUUCUGGAGCUUAUCUUUCCUUUAGAGAUUCUUAUAAAUACGCUUUUAGGAGAAGAUUUAAUUGGCACAUGAGAGGAGAUACGCAACGUCCAGCGUUUUAAGUAGCCCCUUUAUUCUAAAAAGUGACUUUAAUUGAUUUGAGAGAGUUUGCCAAGAUGUAGAAGGCUACUCUAACUCGAAUAGUGAUCCUUGAUUUAUAAUUGCUGAUUAUUUGCUUAAACCUGUCAAAACCGAUUCUCCAGGUUAUAGUUAUGCAAGGUAUUUCUCUGAAUGACAAGUUAAUUAGAUACAAUCCUAAAACAGCAGUUCUUCUUACUCAUUUUUCAGGAAAAAGAACCUUUUGCAUCGAAGGUGAGGACAAAUAUCUAUGAACAAUUUUAUCUCCUUAUCACAUUCACUAAAUAACAUGGCUCCUUAACAUUCCUAUAAGGUUGUCCUCGAGGCUGCACUUGUGCGAGAUUACCUGGAAGUGACGUCAAGGUGCUGGUAAAGAGUGACUCUUUGGUUUCUUUACCAGGUCAUUAUCCAGAAACCACAGCAGUCGUGUGAGUAUUGAACGGAAGAGAGGAUGAUGAAGUUGAUCAAGAGCGCGUUUUUGUUUAUUAAUAUUCGUAUAUGAUAAUAUUCCUUUUUCAGGCUGUUUGGUGAAAACAGAAUAAGUCGGGUUAAUAUCAAAGAUUUUCCAAGACUCCAGUUCAUGGAAUACUUGUAAGUUUGAUCUUACUGUUGCACUUUAUCUUGCUCUAGCAUCUCAGGGUACUAACUGCAAAAAUUCUCCACAGAGACCUCAGUAACAAUGUUAUACUCGACAUGGAAAAUUCCCCGUUUAAGAAACUCACCGCUUUAAAGACACUGUAAGUUGCAUAACUUUAUUUUUAAAAUCAUGUCGAACCGUAAUGUACUUAACACUUCUAAGUAUAUGAUAAUAUUCCUUUUUCAGGCUGUUUGGUGAAAACAGAAUAAGUCGGGUUAAUAUCAAAGAUUUUCCAAGAUUUUCCUGUCCUGGCACUGACAUCCCGUCCACUUCUCGUGGACGGGAUGUCAGUGCCAGGACAGGGUAGCUUCCAGCAUUUGGUCUGCUUAUCAGUUCCUAUCGAGACUAAACGCUGAAGAGAGACACAUUGAAAGUAAAGUUUUUUACCCAAGAAACAACAAAUGCCAAGAGCUCGGAACCAAGCUCCAGAUUUCAAACCGUUAGCCCUUUUGAAUUCUCCCUUUUUGACCUUUUUACAUUAUACUUAAUGUUUAUUUGGCGACAAAACUAAUGAUAGGUAUCUUUUUAUGGAAACGUUUUCGAUCAAUUAUUCUAAUUCUUCAUAGUUUCCUGUUGUCAUAAUGUAAGACAAUAAGCCCGAACAAAAAUACAAAUGAUAUAAUGUCUAACGAACCCCGAUAUCUUUUAAAAAUUUCAGGAGACUGAAUGGGAACUUCCUUGAGCAAGUGACAAGAGAGAAUUUCAUAGGAUUGUCCAAACUUCACACACUGUGAGGACACAGCUGUUAGAUACACAUUAACCCUUUACACCUUAACAUCAGUGUGCAUAUUCUCCACACCAUUCUCUAUACGAUUCCUAAGGUGCCGACAAGGAGGAUUUGUUUAGCAAUCAGGAGCUCGAGUUUCUUUAGUUAGUGAUCAUUUCCGGCUUUAUUUGCUUGACCUGAGCGUGUGACUCGGGGAUUCAAAGGGUUAAAGUUGUCUGACAAAUUAUCUUAUGUAAACAAACUAUUCGACUGUUUACCAGGUGUUCAUUAUUCACCAAAGCAUCUCGUCAGAAUUAAACGUGUGGUAAUCGUGUAUUAUAUUACUUCUUGUUUCCAGUGAUCUUGCAUUCAAUUUCGUGAAUGAAGAGCAUCUUUGUGGUCGCCACGAAUUACUAUUUCAGAACUGCUUUAAAUUCUGACUUUAAGGAGUUAAAGGUUGGAAAAACCCUUCUUAUUUCUUAACACAGGGAUAUGGGAUCAAACCUACUUCGUGAAAUUCGCCAAGGAGUAUUUCAAGAACUAAAAGAGUUGAAAGUUUUGUAAGCUACACAUCUUUAAAUGUGUAUUUUUGUUUCAUUUCGAUUCUGAUGUAGUACUCAUCAAAACAGUUCUCUUAUUUUCUAACUUUGUGUUGUCUUGAGCAGAGGUUUGCGUUCUAAUAAGAUUCACAAAAUUGAAGCUGAUGCAUUUCGAGGCCUGAAAAAUUUGACCUUUCUGUGAGUAUACCAAUCUUUUCAAUUUGCUACAAAUAAAAUCUUCUUUCAGAUUUGAGUUUCAUAAAUGAAAGAAAGAAAGAGGUUUCAUGAAAAACGUGAUCAGUUUGGAGAACAGGGAUAAGCAGUUAUAUACCCAAGUGUUGUCGUGAGUCCGGGUCAGCUCUAAGCAGCUUAAAGUUUAAUGUUGUUCUUAUGGCCUGACGAGGUCAUAGCAGUGAAACUCCUAUAUAUGUAACUUUGCUCCAGUCUUCCUUACGGUAAACUGAUAAACCGACAUUCAACAUAUAUCUCGAUCUCUCCCUCAAAUUUUAGUUAUCUUCACGAUAAUGAAUUAACAAACAUUCGGCGAGAAACAUUCAGUGGACUUCACUCAUUACAGACACUGUAAGUAGCAUAUUCUUGUCUCAAUCGAAAUAAUAAAAUUAAAUAAGUUACUCAGAUUCCCACUUACGCGCAAGGCAAGGCUGGAAAAAUACAUCUUAUUCAAUGUUUCCUCAUAUUUAUGUUAGUUUCCUUAGAAAAUUUUUUCUUAGCCUCGUGCGAGGAAAAAUAUGAGCGGUGAGAAAAUAUCUCCUCCUAUCAUUACUAUAUCAAUCUUACUUUAAUUUCUAGCCUUUCAUUUUUAGUUUUCGAAAUACAUACUAAGGCAUUAUCUGAAAAUUGUGUCGAACGCGUAAGGUGCGCGCGAAAGACAAAAUACAUCAUUGAAUGUCCUCUAUGGAAAACAAGAAAAAAAUCCGUUUACUUGAAAGUUCAUCGCUUAAUAUGUCGUGCCCAAACGACGUAAACAAAUCGUUGGAAUCGUUUGGUGCGGCCUUUUUUUUGGUCCAAUUUCCGUCCGUUCAGUUUACUAAUUCUAUGGUGCGAAACUGUCGAAUAUUAUACUCGUUUUAUUGAGCCAAUAGGGUAAAGUGUCGUUAUAGUGGAAUGAUGGGUCGUGAUAAUAAAUAAAAAGGGAACUUUACAUCUCAAUAACACUUUUCAUUGGACUUGACCGGACAUGACUUUAUUGAAAAAUUAAAAGAAUCCGUUGUUUUCCUUCCUAUCUUCAGUUUUCUCAAUGGAAACCCACUAUCAGAGUCAGAUUUUGAUCCUGACACCUUCGACGAGUUGACAAGCCUCAAAACAUUGUAAGGUCUUCUGAUUGUUGUUUAAUUUUUGAUAGUUAUGACAUUUUAGCAGAUUAGAUCUAGUAAGGAAAAAACUAGUGUGGUUUUCUCCAUAAUUUCAACUGUUUAAGUCAACUAUACAAACAGAAAAUAUAGAUCAUCUUCACGCAUUCAAACUGAAAUAAUAGGUUAAAGGGGGUAAGUUCCUAAAGAAGCUGUGAUGCUGCGUCGGUGGGGGUGUUACAGGGUAUUUUAGUUUGAUCAGCUAGGUUGAUAAUGUAAAUUGGCCACAUCGCCAUUCGCUCUAACGAAUUCGGCUACUGCUCGAAACGUCAGCUUACAAACUCUUUACGAUGGUCAAUUUACAUAAUCAGCUCAAUUGAUAAAACAAAAUAAACUGGAACAAGCACAACAUAAUGUCGCAAUCACACUUGAGUAAUUUACUUUGACAAUUUUUUGAUCGUCAAAGUAGUAAAUAAAUGGAUAUUUUCAAGAGCACUCGAAAAAGAAGCUUCUUGAGUGGGGUGUGUUGCACGACAUUCAUAGAACGGCUGCGAAGGAGGUCACGUGUACUUGCAGGGCUAGCAUUUUAUUUAAGACCUUUCCAGUUUCCGUUUAAGCAACCUUUUCAAGCCAACCUACAUUCGUUUGUACUUGAAAAGCCUUCUUUUACUGGGACUGGUUACCAACUCGUCCAUCUUCAUUGCCAAGAGAAAACUCGCCGAUAUAAGAGCGGCUUAAAUCAGUAAGCCAUAUUAAGAAGCAAGAAAAAAGAGGAGAAGGAGAGACGCUUACUUGCCCAGACCUUGUUUACUCAUUGGUAUUCGAUUGUCUCUCGUACAGAAGUCUGUUUUACGAACUCCCGCCCGUAUCAUGAACUUCAAGAAAGCUAACUCGACCUAUAUUCUCAUCGAAAGCAACAUAACACAAAAAACGAGAUUAGUUUUGUCGAUAAGAAAGAUGCAUUCUUAGUGUGGACUACAAGAGACUUUUGCAUUCGUCUGCAUUUGCAUAACUGAACUAACUUUGAUACAAUCGACAGGCUCCUGUGAACAUCCUGACUGUUCCUCUUCAUCCUCUCAUUUUCUCUCGACAGAACAAAAUAUGUAUUGUUGCAAUUGUAAACUUAGUUGUUAUAUCUUGUCUCAAUUUGUUGUUUGUUAGUUUUCUUUCUAUAUCUCACAAGCAAAAUUAUGUCACAUAAAAUUUAAUCCCAGACCUUUAUAUACAAACUAUUAUCUUUUGUAGGAAACUCGAUCAAUUCAUCAUAUGUUGUUACGCAAUGAGUACCAUUCCAAACCUUAAAUGCCAGUCACCUGACAGAGCGUUCUCGACUUGUGACGAUUUAAUGAAAAACGACGGACUGCGCAUGUGUAUUUGGAUCCUUGGAUUGCUUGCCUUCAUCGGCAACUUAUUGGUGAUCAUUUGGAGGAUUCGUGUUCGAGAUGACAACAAAGUUCAGUCUUUUGUACUCACUAACUUAGCCUGCGCAGACUUUUUGAUGGGUGUAUACCUGUUAAUCAUCGCCAUUCAAGAUCUUCAGUGGAAAGGCAAAUAUUUCAAACAUGACGUUGCAUGGAGAAAAGGAAACCUCUGCCAAUUCGCAGGCUCACUUUCAAUGCUUUCAAGUGAAGUGUCUGUUCUCAUGUUAUUAACUAUAACAAUAGACAGGCUUAUAAGUGUCGUAUUUGCCCUGAGACUGCAGUCCUUAUCAUUGAAAUCAGUGCGUAUUAUUUGUUCUUGUAUAUGGAUAAUUGGAAUCAUUAUAUCGUUUAUCCCCUGGACAGGAAUAUCCUAUUUCCAUGACAAAUUCCAUAGUUUUGGCUUCUUUGGAAGUUCAGCAGUUUGCCUGCCGCUUCAGUUCUCAGAGGAUAAACCUGCAGGAUGGGAAUAUGCUACGGCAUUUUUCAUCGUUUUGAAUUCCGUUGUGUUACUGUGUAUUCUGACUGCUUAUGCCUUAAUAUUCUGGACUGCUUUGACUCUAAUUAACUCUUCCUCAGUAAAGCACCUGAAAGCUGAGUCAACCAGAGCCAGAAGACUUUUCUUCAUAGUUUUGACGGACUUUCUCUGCUGGAUGCCAGUUAUCAUUAUCGGUAUUCUAUCCUUAAGUGGAAAUUUUCAUGAUCCGAAACACGAAGCAAAAGUUUGGAUAGCAGUUUUUGUUCUGCCCGUCAACUCUGCCAUCAACCCAAUCCUAUACACCUUCUCCACUCUAGGAGUACGAAGAAAAUUAAGAUCUGCAUUCAAUAAGAGAUUUGGCGGAAAGUUCAGCUGUAAGUAAAGACCACCUUGAGUCUUAACCGAAUAACAGUCGUAAGUAGUAGGGAGCUAGAAUUGGUUUCAUAAUUUCAACCGUAUAGAGGUAAAUUUUACAGGAGAAGUCCUUAAAGCGUUAGCUUAUUACCAAUCCGAAUCAAACGGGUAUCACUGCAAAUUUACAACAAGUGUGGCCUAUUCUGUACAUCGGCUGCUGUGAAGGUCCACUUUGACAUAAAUUUCACAAAGGAUCACACGAUACAGCAAAUUUCAAUUCGCCGUUUUCAAAAAUGCUUGAUUCACCUGACCCUUAAAAAAAACCAAGCACACUACUGCGCACUUGCCGACUUGCCAGUAAUGGGCAGAGCACAUGACAAGCCUUGAAAAAUUCCCACAGAACAUGUGUCCUUUGUCUCAAGUACAACAUUCCUUCGCUUCUCGCUUCUCCAGAUGGUAAUAUCAUAUAUUUAUAAAUCAGUGAUAUGGCAACGACGGAUAAUUGAGUUCAGUAUCGUUGCAAAAAUAUGUCAGCUCAAUGAAUAUAAAGAGAAUCAUAUUGACUGAUUAAAUUUUAAUAUUUCUUGAUAGGCGGCAAUUGUUACCAAAGAGAGCCCACCGAGAGUUUAUCCAUGCAGGAUACAGUUGUCUCGGAGUAUCGCCACAUGGAAUCAGUUGAAAGUCCGCGGAGGAAGCUACAUAUACUGGAGAAAGCUACAGGAUUUUAUCAAGAUGAUGAUGUGGUAUGUCAACCUUUCUGCUUGUAUUUUAGCUGUUUUAGCUCCUCAAUCACUUGAAUAACAAGGCCAUCUUCAUUUCCUUCACUGCGCAAACGCUCCUCAGAAAAAGCAUCUACCAUAGCAGCAUGCAAGAUUUCCAUCUGACAAACACGAAUUGUUUGUUUCUUAACCAGAAUCUAAAACUUAGCUCAGUGGACCAAAACAUUUGCACAUGCAUCGUAGAAUACAGAAUUAAAUCCCGUUUGAAGCUCUCAAAUUUACCUCCGCUUGGCUAUUAUGUUAUUGUGUUACUGGUUAAGAAACAUUUCACAAUUACAUCUCUUUUUUAUAGUUCUAUCUCAUUGCUAAGGAAAUGACAAAAGGAAAUAAUUUCAAGGUGUUGCUGAAAUGCUUUAGCUGGAGAAAAAGGAGUACUUUUGAGAACGAACUUGAAGUGUAUAAAUGUUUACCUCAAAGCGCGGUCAGAAAUGACAUUCCUGCUCUUCAGUGGUACUCGGAAGGUAAAAAGUAUAGUUACGUAGUUAUAUAGCUAUGUAGAAGAAAAGGUGGCCAAAAUAGAGAUAAUUACAUGGGGAAUUUUGAAAUGUUUCUGUUAUGUAACGAGCAGCAGAGAAAUUGAAUGUAACAAGUGUAUCUGGUCACCAACUCAAAAGUAGAAGGAAAACCUGUCACCUUUCCCAAACACAACACAACAGUUUGUUUUCCAUUUAAAACAGUUCUUAUUCUCUAUCUAUUUUUAACGACUUUAAGUAAGCAAAGAGCAAAAUCAAUUCAAUCUUAUUCUCCAGAAUUGCAGUGCAUGAUUUCUUUCCUCUUCAGCAAACGUUUUGGAAAUAUCUUGUGCGAAUGAAGAUGUUCCGCGACCCAAUGAGAAUAUGAGGUAUGAAUGAGAUUAGUGUGCCUGAGAAUCAAUUUGGUUCCACAAAAAUUGAGCUUUUUCAUACUCAUCCGAAAUUCACAGUCUCAGCAUCUUUUUCAACAUUCAAAAAUGUCCAAUAGAGAAUAUGAAUUUAUGAUAAUGAUAACAAUUCCCGAAAUGAUAAGGAUGACGUUAUGAUCUAGGUAUUAAUAACGACAGUCCUGGUUACAAUUAGUAAAAAGUGUACAGGUGCUGAUCCGGUAGAUGAUGGUCAUUAUAAAUGUGAACUUUGAGAUCAUCUCCAAAAAUCUGGCCUCAAUUAUCGUCAGUAACAUCGUAUUCAACAUUUUUGAGUAGCAAAUAUGUAAAGAUAUAUAUAAAUCUCUCUCUCCUUCAAAAGGAAGCGAUUAUUCAGCCUGUAGUAAGAAGGAUCAAACGGCCUCAUUCAAAAAUGGCAAAGGAAAAGCUUCCCAUCCCUUGUUCUAAAUUUACAACUUUUAAAGCUCUUCUUCCUUACUAAGAGACGCUAUUUUUAAUCAUCAAACUCACCCUCUGAUGUUGUUCUUGUCUGUACUUUAUUGUCAGCUUGCUUUGUUACAAGUAUGUAAGCGGAAUCUCCCUCUCGAAUUUCAUGGAAAAGAACCGCACAUCCAUCUGUCUCACUCUGGUUUAUCAAUUUGCCCUUGACAUCAUCAAGACUUUGGAGUAUCUGCAUGAGAACGGGUUGAAUCAUAAUGGCAUUACACCUGCAAAUAUCUUGUUAACCGAGAAUCCGGGGGUGAGUAUGGCACUUCCCAUGUAACAAAUACAUUUUGUCACACUUCGGAACUACUAUGUUGAUGGCGUCCUUUAUAUCAUUCAUGCUAUUUAGUCCUUUGUUCUCCUCGGGAAUUCCUCCAUUCUCUAAGUCGCUCAAUAAUUUUCUAGGCCAUCCAACCGUCCAUUCAUUCAUUCAUUCGUCUAUUUGUUUCCUAACUCUUUCACUUUGUUUAAACAUUACGUUCGUUUAUUCGUUUUUUCGUGAAUUCUUUGAUUCCCUUCUUUAGCCCUUCCUUUUAUUCCCUCCUUCCUCCGUAAUUUAGUUCAUUCACUCUUUUGUUACCUUUUCUCCUCUCCCUCGAUCGUCCUAUUCUUCACCAAUUAAUUAUGAGCUCUCUCAUCGAGCCUGUGGCGCUUUUUGUUUCAGAUCCCUCAGUGGCAAGCAAGGCUGAUGAACUUUGACCGUGCAUGCAAAGGACCAAGUCAUGCAAAUGACGUGAGGUCUUUUGGUGAUCUGCUCCAAGAAAUGGCUCAGCGAUGCAAUGAUGACAACCAACAGGUAGGUUUGCUCUCUGCUAUGUGCAUCAUUUGUAAGUUAAGUGCGAAAAACUUUCCGCUUGCUUUGAGUUUUUUGUCUACCACAACUGCUUUGCUUUCGAAGUUUUAUCAAGUAGCCAAAGGGUGAUACUGCUGUUUUCUACGUGCUUUUUCGUUCCACAGAUACAAGAAUUGUUAGACUCAUUUCCUAUUAGCGCAAGGGAAGCAAACGCAACCGCUGUCAUGGUUCGUCUACUACUGGAGAAAGCCUGGGGCGAGUUUUUCAUGGAAACAAGACUGUGAUCCAGAUUUUGAUCCUCCUUUGACAAUUUACUAAGGACGAGAUGAUAUUCAGUUCUUUUUCAUGGGUUUAAGUAUCUGAUAAAGUUUCUUCAUCACUUUUAAAACAAUUCGAGGCAUUAAUAGCAAGAUGGUACAUAACAAAUCUUCUUUGGUGUUCAUAGUGUUGUUUAUUUCGCAAACACAUUACCAAAACAUUACCUAUAUGAAC